AGACUAUCCAACAAAGAUGCUCACUAAGAUUUCACUGCUUCUCUGUGCGUUGAGCGCUUCUGUCCAAGGCGGACAAAGAAAAGUUCUGGUCGGGCGGAGACUAACAACCUCCGCCCUAGGUCUUCAAACUGUCCGCCUGAACUCUCCUGCUGUCCAACUAGUCCGUAUAUCCGAUGAUGAAGUUUACGGAGCUCCUGCUGUUACUGCUGUUAGAACAGCUGGUGAAGAAGGAUAUGAUCUGAAUCCUCAAUACAACUUUGGAUAUUCCAUUACUGAUUCUGUGACAGGUGACUCUAAGAGGAGGGAGGAGAGUAGAGAUGGGGAUGUUGUUCGCGGAUCCUACUCCGUUGCUGAUCCUGAUGGUAGAAUCAGAACAGUUACUUACACCGCUGAUGCUCUUCAUGGAUUCCAAGCUAAGGUUACUUAUGAUGGAGCAGAAGGUCCUGUUGCUAUUCCUUUCAACCCUGCACCUCAUUCUGCUGUUCCUGUUGCACAACCAGCUGUACCCAGUCCUGCUCCAAUUGUUGCAUCUCAAGCAGCUUUACCUGAAGAAACCAUUAUUGCCGCCAGAGCUCCUGCACAAACCCAGACUUCAAGAAGAACUCUUGCUUCUCAGCAGUUCCCAGUAUUCCCUGCUGUAGAUCAAGCUCAUGUUGGUCAUGUUGUUCAUACCGUUGAUGGGCCCCAAUUAGUUGCAGGACGUAACUUCCCGGUGCUUAGAGAGCCAACAGCUGUUCAUGCUCUUCAUGCUACUCCCGCAUUUUCUGUUGUAAGAGAAGGUGAACACCCUGCACAUGCCGUACACGCUGUACACACCGCACCCGCGUUUACUACCGUCAGGCAGUUUCCUCAGAUUGUUCAACAAGGAGCACCGGUUAGAUCUCUCUUCAAUGAUAAUGGUCUUGAUCUCUCUCAGUUCAGGUUUAUAAGCCCUGUAUCAUUUAUCCAACAGUAAAAGCAGUUUAGUUUCUUACUUCCCUGAAAACAAAGAAGAUAAUAGAACAGAAUCUAAUCAAGAUUAGAGUCAAAAUUAUGAAGUCUAGUCAACAAGAAUUUGUUAGUAUUUAAUCAUUGAUAAAUAAAUUGUGUCAUCUACAAA